AAAAAAUGGAGUCAAACGUUGACUAGACUUGAGGAAGGUGAUGGCUGAGGGUCUGAAGCUGCCUAUCAUAGACUUGUCCUCACCGGACCGCACCUCCUCCGCCAGUUCAAUCCGUCAGGCUUGCAUAGACUGUGGUUUCUUUUACUUGGUGAAUCAUGGUGUUGAGGACGAGUUACUUGGCCAAGUGUUUGAUCAGAGCAGUAAGUUUUUUUCACUUCCUUUGGAGGUCAAGUCCAAAUUGACGCGCAAACAAAACAGAGGCUACACUGCGCUCUUUGCUGAGAACCUUGACCCCAGUGCCAGCUCCAAAGGUGAUUCAAAAGAGAGUUUUUACAUUGGCCCUUUAGAAGACGCAACUCAAAAUAAGUUGAAUCAAUGGCCUUCAGAAGAUAUCCUUCCAUCCUGGCGACCUACAAUGGAAUCCUACUAUAAAAAAGUUCUUUCUGCUGGGAAAAGAGUACUAUCCCUGAUUGCCCUGGCUUUGAACCUGGAUGAGGAUUUUUUUGAGAAAGUGGGGGAUCUAAAUAAACACACAGCAGUUCUUCGCCUUUUGCACUAUCCAGGUCAACUGGGAUCAUCUGAUGAAGAAGUACUUGGUGCUUCUGCUCAUUCAGAUUAUGGGAUGAUCACACUCCUGGCAUCCAAUGGUGUCCCAGGACUUCAGGUUUGUAGGGAAAAAUCUAAGCAACCACGGGUUUGGGAAGAUGUUCUUCACAUAGAUGGAGCAUUCAUUGUUAACAUUGGGGAUUUGAUGGAGAGGUGGACUAAUUGUUUGUUCCAGUCAACGGUGCACAGGGUUAUACCAGCAGGACAAGAACGCUACUCUGUGGUUUUCUUCUUAGAACCCAAUGAAGAAACUCUGGUAGAAUGCCUGGCAAGUUGUUGCAAUGAAUCAUUGCCGCCAAGAUUUCCUCCCAUCCGCAGCGGGGACUACCUGAAAGAGCGGUUUAGACUUACUUAUGGCUCAUCAGAGUGACCAACUUUAAAAUGUGGCAUGGCUUGGAAGACUUCUUUGUUUUACUUUUCAAGUACUAGACAAAGUAGAAAUGGGUGAAGAACUCCGGAGCCCUGGAAAGGAGAAUUUAGCACAUGGAUGCUGGAUGUAGAAAAUGAUAGCAUUCAUAUACUUUUAAUAUGUGAAGUUUGUAUCAGUGUAUCCACACUUAUAUUACAAGGCAGUUUAAACGCAAUUUCACACAAACAUGACACUCUGAAAUGCA